CAUGAUUCCUACAUAAUACUUACAUUAACAAGAGUGUAGUUACCUAGGUCUGUCUCCUGGUAAUUAAUUAUCUGGGGAAUAAGUUUAGACUAUAAUACUCGUACCUACGACAUCGCUCUUCUCACUCUACCAAAUCUACUCACCCACUACGAACCUCUUCACCAACCGCAUUCUCCCCCUCUCCUCACUUCACUUCUACCCUCUAACUGCUCGGCACCCGUAGCCCAUUGCACAGCUGCUGCCUCGUAGCUGCGGGUCCUGCGAACCUGGAAGACAUGCGCAGCGACCUACACCAACGCCAGCAUGUCAGUAACACUGCACACAACCAAAGGUGACGUGAAAAUCGAAAUCUUCUGCGAAUCGGUCCCCAAGACCGCGGAGAACUUCCUCGCCCUCUGCGCAUCCGACUUCUACAAUGGCAGCCCCUUCCACCGCCUGAUCCCCAACUUCAUGGUCCAAACGGGCAGCCCCGCCUCGGAUCCCAAGUCCAAGACUUCCACAUCCAUCUUCGACACGCCGAACCAGUUGUUUGAGGACGAGAUACGGCCUGCGCUGAGGCAUAAUGCGCGCGGGAUCGUGAGCAUGGCGAAUAAGGGACCCAAUUCGAACGGGAGCCAGUUCUUUAUCACGUUCGCUGCGGCGCUGCAUCUUGAUGGGAAGAAUACGGUGUUUGGGAAGGUUAUAGAGGGCAUAGAGGUACUCGAUGACUUGGAGAAGGUGGAGGUGGAUAAGAAAUCAAGACCGAAGGAGCGGAUUGAGAUCAAGAGCGUGACUAUGCAUGCCAACCCUCUGGCGGGAUGAACUUGCCAGAGGCCGAGCCUUUGGAAGCGUUCGACUCAGUCGGGUCGCAGACCGAGAACUACCUCCAGUGGCCUAGUGUUAGGGAAACGAUACAUAGAGGCAAUUGAGGGAAAGUCGUUGGAAAAAAGCUACUCUAUUUUAUACGGCCGGUGAAGCCUUAGUGGUAUCUACCUGCUAUCCAUGUAACCCCAAUGCAGUCUAGAAAUAAGAACGAUUCAAACCCAG